CAGGGGCUGUGUGUAUCUGUGUGUGCGCGCGUGUGUGUGUGUGUGUCUCCCACACAACAUAAAGGCGACGUUCAGGGGCGAAAAAACUUGCAAUUCAUGGUAUGGAGGACCCAGCGGGCCGCCGCAGCAGCCCUCUGAUCUGUGAGAGGUUUCAUGGUGGAUGAGCAGCAGCAGAUCAUGCUCUGAACUCUGUUAUCAUCGAGACGAAGAGAGAGAGAGAGAGAGAGAGUGAGAGAGAGAGAGAGAGAAAAAAAAAACCUCGUCUAGCUGCUCGAGUGCUGUCCUCUUUUUCUCCCCUCCUUUCCUGUCUUCUUUUCCUUUCCUCGGUGAAAUCUGACACACCAUCAGCCGGGUUUCUCUCUGUAGUUUGGAUGGCAGAUUCAGGCUAAUUGUUGUGCGUGUUUCGCUGCCACACAGUAUCAACAGAUAGGAAGAACAAAGCUAACACUGCAGCGAUUCAAAUGCCUUCAACUUUGAACCAGAGGGACAACCCUUAAACCACGUUUUGACACGAGGGGACAGGCGUAAACACAUCUCCGUCAUCUCGCUCUUCAUGAGGAGGACGCGUCUCGGUAAAAGGUGAUCACAGAACCGACGGGGGAACCAUGGCAGCUACUUUAUCGGUGGAGGAAGAACAGGCUACCAGGCAGUUUCUGGAGGAAAUCAACAAGUGGACCAGUCAGCAUGGAGUGUCACCAUUGUCCAGGGAAUUGGCCAUCAAGUUCCUCAUGGCUCGCAAGUUCGACGUCCUCCGAGCUAUUGAGCUUUUCCACAGCUACAGGGAAACACGUCUGAAAGAAGGAAUCGUCAGACUUCAGCCGCAGGAAGAACCUCUGCGCUCAGAGCUGCUCAGUGGAAAGUUCACUGUGUUGAGUGUUCGGGACCCCUCAGGGGCUUCCAUCGCCUUGUACACAGCCAAGCUCCAUCAUCCAAACAAGACAGGCAACCAUGUGGUGCUUCAGGCUCUCUUCUACCUCCUGGACCGGGCUGUGGAAAGCUUUGAGACCCAGAGGAACGGCUUGGUGUUCAUCUAUGACAUGGCCGGCUCCAACUACACAAACUUCGAGCUGGACCUGAGCAAGAAGAUCCUCAACUUGCUCAAGGGGGCGUUCCCUGCCAGGCUGAAGAAGGUGUUGAUUGUUGGGGCCCCAGUUUGGUUUCGAGUGCCCUACAAUCUGCUCAGCCUGCUGCUGAAGGAGAAACUCAGAGAGAGGGUCCAGAUGGUGAAAAUGGCCGACCUGCGUCAACACCUCCCAAGAGACUGUCUCCCCCAGCACCUCGGCGGCCUGCUUCCCCUCGACUCAUACAGCUGGAACCAGCAGCUGCUGGCGGGUCAGAACGGCCGGGUGGACCCAGUGGACGAGCUGGUGGGAAUCCCAGUUGAAGAUUCUUCUAUUCACGUCCCCGGACCCGAGUCCAUGCGCCCACAGGAGCUGCUGACGCACCUCGGACGGCUGCAGCGCUCGGGCAUCCAUCUAGAGUAUGAGGAGCUCCGCAAAGAGCCACCGCCUGGAACCUUCCACUGUGCACAAUCUGUCUACAAUCAGGAGAGGAAUCGCUAUGGAGACGUGCCGUGCCUUGAUCAAACAAGAGUUCGUUUGAAACCCAGAAGAAACGAGAGGUCUGACUACAUCAACGCCAGCUUCAUGGACGGAUACAAACAGAGGAAUGCAUACAUAGGUACACAAGGACCACUGGAAAAGACCUACGGUGAUUUCUGGAGAAUGGUCUGGGAGCAAAAUGUGCUUGUUGUUGUUAUGACAACCAGGACAGACGAGGGCAGUCGGAGGAAGUGUGGACAGUACUGGCCUCUGGAGGAAGGGGGGCAGGAGGUCUACGGACACAUUGCAGUGGUUAACCAGAGGGUUGACCACCACACCCACUACAACCACACCACCCUCGAAUUGCACAACACAGAGACAUGUGAACAGAGACACGUGAGUCAUUUCCAGUACCUCAGCUGGCCGGACUACGGAGUUCCCACCUCAGCAGUGACUCUCAUCGACUUCCUGGGAGCUGUGAAGAGACAACAGAGGAAGAUGGUGAAGGCUUUGGGACUUCAGUGGUCAGGACAUCCAAUGGGACCUCCAAUGGUGGUCCACUGCAGUGCAGGGAUUGGGAGAACAGGUACCUUCUGUGCCCUGGACAUCAGUCUGUCCCAGCUACAGGACGUAGGCUCACUAAACGUUUGCCAGACAGUGCGGCGCAUGAGAUCACAGAGGGCCUUCAGCAUCCAAACCCCGGACCAGUACUACUUCUGCUACAAUGCCAUUUUGGAGCACGCCCAAAGGCAGGGCCUGCUCCCAUCCAAUCAGUGAGCUUCAGCCCCUGACUUCCACAUCCCAACCUAUGAACCCUUAGAUUCCCUGCAGUCCGUCUGUUAACCCCCAAGCCGUGUUGUGUGACCAAUUUGUGCAUCCGGGAUAGUUCACUUCUUCACAGAGGCUGCCUUUUGAGACAGUUCUUCAUUUGCGAGCCCGACCGAGACGAGACAGUGACGAGGGAAGUUUUUAAUUUUGACAUUGUGGUGAUUCAAUGUGACAAGAUUCUCCUCCCAACUGUGCGAUGUUUUGUUUUUUCCGACACGUCUCAGUGAAAAAGUGUAGCCGUGAAAACAAACUGCUCUUCUGUGGUGCAGUCAUGUGGUCAGGCACAUUAGGAGAGAGGAUUGAGGCGAUGUUCAUCAACCUGAUCUUUAUUUAUUUUUCCCCUUUUGAACCGACGGUUGAGCUGACCUUAAAGGAAUCGCUCACCCCAAAAUAAAAGUUUCUGACUCUUUUUAUAGAACCUAAAACCUGAUACUGAAACCUGAUACUGAAACUUCACCAAAGUGUGUAUCUCUGAAAAAUAAUGACUUUGACUUUCUGUCAAAUUAUCCACAAAAGCCAAAUAAACCUGGCCUUUUUGCUGCAGAAAAACAUGCUGCCUUUUCUCCCUUCAACUAUACAGGGAAAAGGGGUUGUUUAUGUAGCAAAAGAAGCCCAAAUAGGUAAAACAACAAGUCAGUAACACCAUGAUGAGAGCACUAAACUUAAUGUUCUAGUUUUUAGUAGAGGUGGUUUGAUUAAAUCCCUUUACGUACUGCCAUGCUUUCACUGGAGUUUUAAGUAACGUGAUAUAAAUGACUGCUUUUAUUUUGGGGUGAAAUUGUCCUUGAAAUCAGCACACUGUUUUUAUUACAGACAGAGAGCUUGAUCUCCACUACCAUGCAACAAUUAGUAAUAGUUGGGGAUCAGUUUUAACAACCUCCUGUGUGCAGUAAAUGUUGCAUUCACUGAAGUGCAUCUUAAUCACAGUGUGUGUCGGUCACAUCGAUGGUACGAGCUCGUUCUGCACUCACAGGAGAGUUGAACUGAACACAGGGAAGUGAAACUGCCCAACAAGCCAAUAUUAGUGCAGCCAGUUUUAAUCCCAUCGCCAAGACGUCUUUUUUUUUCUCUCAGUCUCAGUAAACAUUCCUAAACGGCGAUGAAGUGAGGUAAAGCACAUCCUCAGUGAUCCAGCUGUAAACUCCCAUCUGUUAUCAUUCAUUAAAACGCUGUACAUGUGAA